GCGGGGGCGCUACAGAAGUCCGCAGCCACCCUCGUCCUUCCCCCGCGAGGAGCAGGCCGACCUUACCGUCAAAACCCCGGGAUGUCAUGGGUAACUCCUCUGUGGCCGGCUUCUAGAAACCGAGCCACUAGAGGGCAUGGAUCACGGCAGGGCGUCUCGACAGGCUCUGGGCUCCCGCCACGAUCUCAACGGCGCCCCGAGAGGGGCGGGGUGCAGGCCUCCCUCGCUGGGGUGGAAGAGCUGCGGAGAUGGGUGCGGGACGGCUUGCGUCAUCAGCGUGCACCCGUGGGGGCCGCCACCCGCGUUUGGAGUAGGAAGUGUGUCUCUGCUGUCGCUUUCUGAUGAGAUCAUUGGCCGCGGAUGUGGGGGACCUGAGUGGCACCUGGCCUUUGAAGGCUGUUGAAUUGGCUGUCAAUAAUGGGAAGAACCUACAUUGUAGAAGAGACUGUUGGCCAGUAUCUUUCAAGCAUCAAUCUCCAGGGAAAACCUUUUGUCUCUGGUCUUUUGAUAGGACAGAACUCCAACCAAAGAGGAACAAAAUGACAACCUCAAACAUCCUAGAGCUAAGUUGGAUAAUUUGGAUGAAGAAUGGGUCACAGAACAUGCCAGCCAGGUGUCCAGAAUGCUCCCUGGAGGACUUGUAGUUCUUGGGAUAUUUAUUAUCACAACUUUAGAACUAGCAGAUGAUUUUCAAAAUGCCCUGCGCAGACUAAUAUUUUCUAUGGAAAAAUCUAUGAGUAGAAAAAGACUAUGGAAUGUCACAGAGGACGAGGUCUCAGAACGAGUGACACUUCACAUUUGUUCUUCUACAAAAAAAAUAUCUUGUCGAACUUAUGAUGUCCAUGAUCCAAAGAGUUCAGCAAGACCCGCAGAUUGGAAAUAUCAGAGUAGAGUGUCUGCCUCAUGGCUGUCUCUAGACUGUACUGUUCACGUUAACAUUCACAUCCCACUGUCGGCUACUUCUGUCAGUUACACUCUGGAAAAAAACACAAAGAGUGGACUUACACGCUGGGCCAAGCAAAUAGAAAAUGGUGUUUAUCUGAUUAAUGGACAAGUUAAAGGCAACGAUUGUGACCUAUUAGAAGGGCAGAAAAAAAGCAGAGGAAAUACGCAAGCAACUGCUCAUUCUUUUGAUGUCCGAGUGCUAACACAGUUGCUCCUGAAUUCGGACCACAGAUCCACAGCCACAGUCCAAAUCUGCAGUGGUUCUGUAAACCUUCGGGGAAAUGUGAAAUGCAGAGCUUAUAUCCAUAGCAACAGACCUAAGGUUAAAGAUGCUGUGCAGGCAGUGAAGAGAGAUAUUUUGAACACAGUUGCUGAUCGCUGUGAAAUACUAUUUGAGGACCUGCUUUUGAAUGAAAUUCCAGAAAAAAAAAAUUAUGAACUUCCUCAGAGAGUUUUUGUUCCCCUUCCUGGAUCUACUGUAAUGUUAUGUGAUUAUAAGUUUGGCGAUGAAUCAGCUGAAGAAAUCAGAGAUCAUUUUUCAGAGAUGUUAGAUCAUGAGAUUCAAAUAGAAGACUUGGAAAUUGCAGAGGAAGUAAAUACAGCUUGUAUGACUUCCUCUGUGAAUAGUGAGACUUCACUGACCAACACAAGUGAUGAACAACCAGAACAACCAAAAAAAACCAUAGGAGUGAAAAUUCAGCAAAACAUAGGUGUGAUCGCAGCACUAGCUGUUGCAGUUCUUGCUGCGGGCAUCUCCUUCCAUUACUUCAGUGAUUAGAGGGAGGCCCACAGAGCUCCCUGGUCAUCCAGAGAUCACGGUUCAACAGCUAUGGAAAAUAACGACAUCAAUGUCCACCUGCACUGAAGCUAGCAACCAGCUCUGCUACUGUAAUGUCUGUUAGAUGUGUUUCUGACUGACAUGAGAUCACCAGCUGCCUUGUUUAGCCCUGCUUUUAUUAUCUGGCCCAGGUUUCCAAAAGUAAACUAUGCAUAUAAAUGGAGUUGCAUGUAACAAAUCACUAUUAUGUAUUUUCAGAAGGGUCAAAAUGUGAGCUAUUUAAGAGUUUAGUGCUUUAAAAAAAAAAAAAAAAGGUUUAGUGCGAUUGAACCAGAUCACACAUUGAUUAGAAUAUUGAAACUUAAAGCAGACAGUAGUAACCAUAGCAGAUGUAUCAUCGGGGAUUAUCUUCAUCCUAAAGGACUUUUCUAAUAUGCACCCAGUUGCAGUACUUUAUGGACACUGUAAACUGGAGGCCAUGAAUACUGUUUUGAGUGUACACACGAACUGUGGUUUCUUGGAUGGCGAUGCCAGUAGCAGCACUGCAGAGUGCUGUUUGCCUCAACCCAGACAGGGAGAAAUGUAAAUCUGAGAUGCUAUCCUAGUUAGGGCAGUUAACAUUCAGCGGCUGCCCCUUGGAGUUCUGUGAAGCUAGCUCCUGGCAGAAAUAAACUAGAAACACUCCUAACUUAGGCCCAAGACUCCCAUAAGUUACGAUCAAGCAAUAUUUCUUCCUGGUUUCUGUACCGUGAGAUACAAGAUGCAAUGAGACAGGGAGAAAUAAACUAUAGGAAAAAACACAUUGAAGUCAUUUCCCAAGGUUCAUGUCAACAAUGUAGAGAGUAACGGGUGGGUAGAGCCUUAGUGUGGGUGAAAGCCAAGUAGUGCUCCUCAGAAUGAGGAGGAGAGGAAACUGCGGGCUGUUUAGUGGGGGUAGACUUGGCUGAAGAGAUCAGAGACUGGAAGGUAGAGCAGCAGGAAGUCUGUGAGGAGUGAGGAGGGACAAGGUCUAGGAGAACCAGGAGGGGGAAUGGAGAGAGGCAGCACUCAGACAACAGGUUUCUGCACACUCGUUACCAAACAGGCUUAUAGUUGAAGAAACAAACAAACCAGCAAAAUCCACAAGUGAACUACAAGUAUGAAACAAGGUUCCUAAAAGGCCAAAGGGGCGAUAAAGAUGCCCAGCAAAGGCAAGUCGGUCACAUGCACAGUAGACCAGAAGCAACAGUGUACCCAAGAAGGUGGUAAAAUCUCUUCAUAAUUGUGAGGGGAACUGAAAAUCAGUACAGAGUGAAACUCAGAAACAAACUGUCAUUACAGAACUGGAAAAGGAUGGUCCUUGAUAAGAAAAAUUACUCAAGAAGCAAGAUUUGAAAGUGAAGUGUUAAUGAGCAGACAAAACAAUCAAUAUUGUAAAUCUAAAGUGUUAUUUGUAUACAAAAGUCAUAAUGAAGUAUUUAAAGAAAUUGUAAUAGAAACUGUAAACAAAUGUAACACUGAAUAAAUAUUGUUAUGCAACAUUAAUGUGGAAUUUAAAAUAAGGAUAUUACUGGCAAAAUCUGGGUUAAGAGUUAGGAGGAGGGCAGUUUGAAUCAAAGUCCUUCAAGGGGCUUCUGCUGGGAUUCAGGAGCCAAGCCGGGGUAAGGCUUAAAUGUGGUCAUUCCACAUGAAUUACUUUCAAGGCCACCUUAUCAAAGAAUAUG